AUGGGUCCUGAUCAACAUGCUCAAUUGGAUCCCUUUGGGCUGAUCUUCCCAUUGCCCCUACGUAUAGCUGCCAUUUUGGUUGCUGGUUUCUGGGGAUGGGGUUUGAAUCUUCAAUACCUGGCGAGAGCCAACAUUGACGUUCCGGCUCUCAUAAAAUAUCCUGCCCGCACAUCCUCUUCCCAACGCCCGCAGCAUACCGCCGUCUAUCGCCUGGCGACAUGCUUCACCAUCCCACUUGUCCUCUGGUUCGUUGUCUUUUGGCUAGCAACCCGCCGGUCUCCUGAGUUGGUAGAGCGACUGGAUUGGAUUCCGCAGUCGGUCUUUAUUAUCCUCCUCCUUAUUCUAAUCUGGCCCUUCAACCGUGCCUCCCGUUCCGGCCGAAUUCGCUUCCUUUUGACCCUCAAGCGGAUCAGUAUUGGUGGCUUGGCGGAGUCUCAGGAUGGCAAGUUUGGUGACAUUCUGCUGGCAGAUGCCCUGACUAGCUACGCCCGUGUCAUUGGAGACCUCUACAUUAGCUUCUGCAUGUUCUUCACCGAUGGCAUCGCCGCCACGUCUAAGCCCAACCGGGCCUGCGGAAGCGAAAUCGUCGUUCCGAUCAUCCUAGCUGUUCCCAGCUUGAUCCGUCUUCGCCAGUGUUUGACUGAGUAUGUGCGUGCGCGCCGGACGACCACGCGGAGAGAGACACAGAAGGGGAACCAGCACUUGGCCAACGCCCUCAAGUAUGCGACUGCGUUCCCUGUCAUUUGGAUGUCCUCCAAAAUGAGGAACUAUAACCCUUUGGAAUUCCGCGGGUAUAGCGAAAUGAGCAUGAUGCGUUUAUUGUUCAUAUUCUCUUUCGUCAACUCCGCCUAUUCAUUCUGGUGGGAUGUGGUCAAGGAUUGGGACAUGACGCUCUUCUCGCCUGAACGCCGCAAUAUCGACCAUCCCUACGGACUCCGGCGAUACCGCUACUUCCAAUCUGACAGGAUGUACCACUACGUCAUCGUCGCGGACCUUGCGCUCCGAUUUUCAUGGCUCUGGCGCAUUGUUCCAGGCUUUGGCUGGAUCCCCGAAACAGAGAGCGGUCUCUGGAUUCUCAUGUUCCUAGAAGUCGCGCGACGCUGGAUGUGGGUGUUCUACAGGACUGAAGCUGAAUGGAUUCGGAACACACAUGGCCCUGGUCCGGAUGAUGUCCUCCUUGGCGAAUACAACCACAAGUUCGACGCCGACUAA